CCAAACAACAGGGAUAAGAUAAUUAUGUUUCAAUGUUUGAAAAAAACGAUCCAAAGAAAGUUCGAACAGCGCGUAAAAUUGAACUGAAAUGAUAUACAUAGCUAACUGGAUAAUCUUUAUCGUGGCAUUUGAAAUACCGAGUUCGGUGUCAAAGAAAGACAUUAAAGACUGUAGAUCAUUUAACAAGAGACCGAACAUCAUAUUUAUCUUGGCAGAUGAUUUAGGCUGGGAUGAUGUGAGUUUUCAUGGCUCGAACCAAAUUCCCACACCUAACAUUGACAAACUCGCCAAUGAAGGAGUCAUCUUGAACAGUCAUUAUGUCUCGCCAACGGGUACACCCACAAGAGCGGCUUUGCUCACGGGAAAGCAUUCGAUAAAAUUAGGUCUUCAACAUGGUUCCAUAGCUAGCAGUCAACCGUACGGUUUGCCGUUGGACGAAGUUAUCUUGCCUCAGUAUCUCAAGCCACUGGGCUAUACAACACACGGAAUAGGAAAGUGGCAUCUAGGAUUUUACAAAAAAGAAUAUACACCAGAUAAACGUGGCUUUCAUACUUUCUUCGGCUUUUACAACGGAGAGGAAGACUACUGGAAUCACACGGUACAUCAGAAUUACAACGGAUUGGAUUUAAGACGAAAUGGAAAAGUAGUUGCGGACCAAAAAGGACGCUACGGAACGAAAAUUUUUACAGACGAAGCAGUCCACAUCAUCGAAAGACAUGACAAAUCUAAGCCAUUUUUUGUCUAUUUUGCUCAUCAGGCUGUGCACACAGGGAACCCAAUUACUCCCCUGCAAGCUCCAAUUGAACUCAUUAAGAGUUUUCAAUACAUUCCCAAUAAGCAAAGACGGAUUUAUGCAGCGAUGGUGAAAGUCUUGGACGAAUCUGUGGGCCGAGUGGUCAAAGCAUUGAAGAAGAAGAAAGUCUACGAGAAUACUGUCAUCGUGUUUGCCACAGACAAUGGUGGAGCACCAAACGGAAUGGAGAAAAAUUGGGGUUGCAACUUUCCCUUGCGAGGAGGCAAAAACACGCUUUGGGAAGGAGGUGUGCGAGGUGUCGCUUUCGUGCACAGUCCACUGCUAAUCGACAAGAAACGCGUCAGCAACGAAAUGAUACACGUCACGGAUUGGUUACCAACCCUCUACAGCGUGGCCGGAGGUGAUUUGGACGACAUAAGGAUAAGGUUGGACGGCUACAACAUGUGGGAUGUCAUAUCGCAAAGUAUGCCAUCUCCACGGAAGGAGGUGCUUCACAACAUCGAUCCCAUAACAAAAACGGCUGCGAUCCGCAUGGGAAAAUACAAACUCAUAGUGAACCAAGAUAUGAAUUAUUUUUCUUCUUGGUACAGGAGGUUUCAUUCAAGACGAGACCCCGAUGAUCAUUUUAAAGACGUAAAACUGAAAAUACUAACUGGAGCUGAACUGACGUGCUCUACGGUAGAAAAAAGAGAUUCGACAUUUGACUGCGAUCCAUCCAUAUCACCAUGCUUAUAUAACAUUGAAACAGAUCCUUGUGAAUAUGACAACCUGUUCUCAAGAAAGCACAAAAAAGCAGCAUUGUUGUUUCACCGCCUCUUGUACCAUCAACGUCACGGUAAGCCUGCUUUGAACCCGGAUGGCGAUGAAGCAGCGAAUCCAAUAUACUUCAACGGAACGUGGUCACCGUGGCAAAUCCUAGAAAACGAUUAUCUUGUGCGAAUUGCAAACAGGAAAAUUCCCCAUCCACAGGAUAAUUGUUAAUGAAAAACGAAGAUGGCUGCCAAUUAAGUAAAACACCAUAAAAUACUAACUUCAACAUUCGCAAUGAUACCCAAAGUACCAAAUCAAAGCCGAUGAAAUCACACAAACUGCUGACACAUGUUUUGUGGAAUCGACGACUACUUCCCUCUGCAAAAUAGAGUAUAUCUCUCUAGUUUAUCGAAGCGCUGUUAUUUUUAGCCCAUCAGUUUCAGUUUCCUGUAACGGUCUUAUUUUUACAACACAAUCUAAAACAAAUUUCUCUGUUCAUAUAAACAGCAAUAUUGCAUAAUGCACAGUUCCAUGUAUUCUUCGAUCAGUGUGAUCAAACAAAUUUAGUUACACGAUGUAGGUCAUGAACAAGGCUAUAUGUUAGCUUAGGUAGUUCCGAGUAGUCUUAAAUUUUAUGUAGUAGCUAUAUAGUCAAACCUUAGACAAACGUAGGUGUAAGUAGUUAGACCAUACUCUUAAUAUAUAGAAAUUAAAUGUAAUUCACAAUGUAAAUUAGUACAUAUUAUUACAUACUAUUAAAUGUGAAAUUAGACCGAUUAAAGAUUAAAGAUGAUUAAAGAUUAAAGCUGAUUAAAGAUUAAA